AUGGCGACAGCAGCAGCAGGAGACGAGCUGAGGAAGGAGCUGACGUGUGCCAUCUGCCUGGACCUGUUCAAGGACCCGGUCAUCCUCAAGUGUGGCCACAACUUCUGCCGUUACUGCAUCUGCACGCACUGGGACGAGAACGGGGACGACUACGGCUACCAGUGCCCGGAGUGCCGCUCGGUGUUUAACAAGAGGAGCUUCACUAAGAACUACCCGGUGCAGAACCUGGUGGACCGUCUGUCCGACCUGCAGUGUCUGAGCGUCACUCCUCCCAAAGCUCUGAGCGUGGACGGGAAGUGUCCCCAUCACGGAGAGGACCUGAAACUCUACUGCCACAGCGACAAGAGGGCCAUCUGUGUGGUCUGCAGGGAGUCCAGGACCCAUAGACACCACAAGGUGGCGCCGCUGCCAGAGGUCACCACCGAGAUGAAGGUGAAUGAGGCCUCAGUGUUCCCUCAGUGCUCCCUCAGUGCUCCCUCAGUGCUCCCUCAGUGUUUCCUCAGUGUUCCCUCAGUGUUCCCUCAGUGCUCCCUCAGUGUUCCCUCAGUGCUCCCUCAGUGCUCCCUCAGUGCUCCCUCAGUGCUCUCUCAGUGCUCCCUCAGUGCUCCCUCAGUGCUCCCUCAGUGUUCCCUCAGUGUUCCCUCAGUGUUUCCUCAGUGUUUCCUCAGUGUUCCCUCAGUGCUCCCUCAGUGUUCCCUUAGUGCUCCCUCAGUGCUCCCUCAGUGCUCCCUCAGUGCUCCCUCAGUGUUCCCUCAGUGCUCCCUCAGUGUUCCCUCAGUGCUCCCUCAGUGCUCUCUCAGUGCUCUCUCAGUGCUCCCUCAGUGUUCCCUCAGUGUUCCCUCAGUGUUCCCUCAGUGUUUCCUCAGUGUUUCCUCAGUGUUCCCUCAGUGCUCCCUCAGUGUUCCCUUAGUGCUCCCUCAGUGCUCCCUCAGUGCUCCCUCAGUGCUCCCUCAGUGUUCCCUCAGUGCUCCCUCAGUGUUCCCUCAGUGUUCCCUCAGUGCUGUGUUCCCUCAGUGUUCCCUCAGUGCUCUCUCAGUGCUCUCUCAGUGCUCCCUCAGUGCUCCCUCAGUGCUCCCUCAGUGCUCCCUCAGUGGUCCCUCAGUGUUCCCUCAGUGCUCCCUCAGUGUUCCCUCAGUGCUCCCUCAGUGCUCCCUCAGUGCUCUCUCAGUGCUCCCUCAGUGCUCCCUCAGUGCUCUCUCAGUGCUCCCUCAGUGCUCCCUCAGUGCUCCCUCAGUGCUCCCUCAGUGUUCCCUCAGUGUUUCCUCAGUGCUCCCUCAGUGCUCCCUCAGUGCUCCCUCAGUGCUCCCUCAGUGCUCCCUCAGUGCUCCCUCAGUGUUCCCUCAGUGCUCCCUCAGUGUUCCCUCAGUGUUGUGUUCCCUCAGUGCUGUGUUCCCUCAGUGUUCCCUCAGUGCUCCCUCAGUGCUCCCUCAGUGCUCCCUCAGUGCUCCCUCAGUGUUUCCUCAGUGUUUCCUCAGUGUUCCCUCAGUGCUCCCUCAGUGCUCCCUCAGUGCUCCCUCCAGUGUUCCCUCAGUGCUCCCUCAGUGCUCCCUCAGUGCUCCCUCAGUGUUUCCUCAGUGUUCCCUCAGUGUUCCCUCAGUGUUCCCUCAGUGCUCCCUCAGUGCUCCCUCAGUGCUCCCUCAGUGCUCCCUCAGUGUUUCCUCAGUGUUCCCUCAGUGCUCCCUCAGUGCUCCCUCAGUGUUCCCUCAGUGCUGUGUUCCCUCAGUGUUCCCUCAGUGCUCCCUCAGUGCUCCCUCAGUGCUCCCUCAGUGCUCCCUCAGUGUUCCCUCAGUGCUCCCUCAGUGCUCCCUCAGUGUUCCCUCAGUGCUCCCUCAGUGUUCCCUCAGUGCUCCCUCAGUGCUCCCUCAGUGCUCCCUCAGUGCUCCCUCAGUGCUCCCUCAGUGCUCCCUCAGUGCUCCCUCAGUUAACGUUCUGAGCGCAGACAGACGGACCAAAGAAGAAGUCAAGAGGAGGAAGCAGCGAGUGAAGGAGAAGAUCGAGGCCGACGUGGGCGCCCUGGUCCAGUUCCUGUUGGACGAGCGGGACUCGCUGCUGGACGCUCUGGACGUGGAGGAAGUGACCACGAUGGAGACGAUCGAGGAGAACCUGAAAUCUGCAGAAGAAGAACACGCCGCCGUCUGUAAAACGCUCGCCGACGUCCAGACGCUCCUGGGAGGCACGGGCAGUCUGGAGAGUCUGUUCACGUCUUAUGAAGAAGCGAUCUCUGGGAAGAGGUUCGCGUCCCUGGAGCCCGUGGACUGUGACACGGACUUCUCUGAGUUCUGUGACCCGUUCCAGCUGGUUCUGUGGAAGAAGAUGAUGCACGUUCUACACACCAUGCCCCAGAACCUGACCCUGGACCCCGACACGGCCCACCUGAACCUCCUGAUCUCGGACUUUGACACUAAAGUGGAGGAGAGCAGGAUCCGGGUGGUGGAGCCAGACCUUCCGGCUCGAUUUACUCGAUUCUGCGGCGUCCUGGCAACCGCAGAGUACAGCAGCGGACAGCACUACUGGGAGGUGGACGUCAGAGACAAGGGCGUGUGGUACCUGGGCGUCACCACAGAGAGCAGUAACAGAAAAGGCUUCGUGAACCUGUCUCCGUCGUUCGGAUACUGGAGCCUGUGCCUUCAGGACCGGCUGUACGCCAACGGGGACGACGGGCGCAUCCUCGUCGCCGACUACUGGAACUCCCCUCGCGUGGGCGUGUACCUGGACUACGACCACGGGCGCCUCAGCUUCUACGACGCCGUGACCAUGAAGAGACUCUUCCUGUUCAACACCUGCUUCCAGGAGCCCGUCGCCCCCUUCUUCAGCCCCGGCAAGAACGACCCCAGCAGCCGCCUGCAGAUCUGCCACUACUACUGA